AUGUUGAUCCUUCUAUCCACAGAAAGAAGGGAAAGAAAAUUAGCGAUUGUAUCAGAAUCAUAUGCCUUGCUCUUCACACCAGUAAAAGAUAAUAUAUCAAAAAAAUCAUCCUGUGCAAUUGAAUUGAUUCCAAAGGAAGAAUUACAACAUCAUAGAUUUAGAAAAUUAUCGCCACAUGAUGUCCAUGGAUUCAUAGGUUUAUUAGAAAUUGAUGGCCUAAUAUUUAUAGGUGUAAUAACGGGAAAGACUAAAGUUGCAUCUCCAAUACCUCAAGAAGUCAUUAAUAAGAUCUAUGCAAUUGAUUUCUUUUGUUUAAAUGAUAAUACAUGGGAUUUUAUUGAAUUAGAUCCAAGUGGGAAACCUAUUGCAGGUGAUCUGAAUGAUUUACAUGAACAACAAUUAUCUAGACAUCCUUGUUAUGAUGUAAGGAAGUUAAUGUCCAAUGGUUCAUUUUAUUAUAGUAAUGAUUUUGAUCUUACAAGUACUUUACAAAAUAGAGGUUUUAAAAAUGAAGAAUCUGUUAAUGAUGAUACAAUGGAAGAAGAAUAUAUGUGGAAUUCUUUCUUAAUGGAAGAAGUACUGGCUUAUAGAGACAGAUUAGAUUCCCAUACAAAACAUAUUUUAGAUAAUGAAAGAUUUUUGACUACAGUGAUACGAGGUUUUGCAGAAACGUUUGUUACAUAUAUUAAAAGAUUAAAGAUUGGUUUAACUGUUAUCUCAAAACAAAGUUGGAAAAGAGCAGGAACAAGAUUUAAUGCAAGAGGAAUAGAUGACGAUGGGAACGUAGCGAAUUUUGUAGAGACAGAAUUGAUAAUGUAUUCUAAUGAAUAUUGUUAUGCUUUUACUCAAGUGAGAGGUAGUGUACCAAUAUUCUGGGAACAAGAUGCUGCACUUAUGAAUGCAAAAGUGACAAUAACAAGAUCGAUUGAAGCUACACAACCUGUAUUUGAUGAACAUUUUGCAAAAUUAAUAAGCAAAUAUGGUCCUGUAAAUAUUAUAAAUUUAUUAUCAACAAAAUCAAAUGAAAUUGAAUUAUCAAGAAGAUAUCGAAGUCAUCUUCAAAAAUCUGACAAAUUAGGCUUUAAUAAAAAUAUAUUCUUAACAGAAUUUGAUUUCCAUAGGGAAACUGCUCAGGAUGGAUUUAAUGCUGCAAAGAAAAUUUUACCUUUGAUUAAAGAUGCAUUGUUGACAGAAGGUUAUUAUUGUUACGAUGUUCAAGAAGAUCAAAUAGUAUCUGAACAAAAUGGUAUCUUUAGGACUAAUUGUCUUGAUUGUCUAGAUAGAACAAACUUGGUACAACAAUUAAUGUCCUAUGAACUAUUCAAAACUUUUUUACAUGAUGUAGAACUGAUAACACCAAGGGCCAACGUUGAUGAAUCUGAUUUUAUUAAGAAACACAAUGCAUUAUGGGCAGAUCAAGGUGAUCAGAUCUCUCAAAUUUAUACAGGAACAAAUGCACUGAAAUCAUCCUAUUCUAGAAAGGGUAAAAUGUCAUUUUCUGGUGCACUAUCGGAUGCAAAAAAAUCUGUAAGCCGAAUGUAUAUUAAUAACUUUAUGGAUAAAGGUAAACAACAGAAUAUUGAUGCAUUACUUGGUAGAUUACCAAAUCAGAAACCUGUUAGAUUGUAUGAUCCAAUAGGUGAUUAUAUUAAUGAAGAACUAUCCAAGAUGUCUGAUCAAUAUACAACUACUUCUAAUAUGAACUUAUUGAUAGGUACCUAUAAUGUAAAUGGGAUGUCUAAAAGAGCGGAUUUAUCUAAGUGGUUAUUCCCAAUCGGAGAUAAAUUUAAACCAGAUAUUGUUGUAUUAGGGUUGCAAGAAGUAAUUGAAAUGUCAGCUAGUGCAAUUUUAAAUGCUGAUAAUACGAAGGGAUCAUUUUGGGAAUAUGUCGUCAAAGAUUGUUUGAACCAAUAUGAUGACCAAUACAUUCUAUUACGAGUUGAGCAAAUGACUUCAUUGGUUAUAUUAUUUUUUGUGAAAUCUGAUAAAGUUAAAAAUGUGAAACGAGUUGAGGGAUCUACCAAAAAAACUGGAUUUGGUGGUAUGACAGGGAACAAAGGUGCCGUUGCAAUUAGAUUUGAAUAUGGAAGUACUUCGUUUUGUUUUGUAAAUGCACAUUUUUCAGCAGGUAAUAGUAAUGUUGAUGAACGUGCUAAUGAUUACGUAUCUAUCAAUAAGAAUAUCUCAUUUGCAAGAUCAAGAAAAAUUUUGGAUAAUGAUUCUGUGUUUUGGUUUGGUGACUUAAAUUACAGAAUUAGUUUACCUAAUGAAGUAGUAAGAAAAGAAUUGGAAUUAGAAAGAGAAGGAUAUAUCGAUCGUUUGUUAAAACAUGAUCAAUUGACUCAAGAGAUUGAUUCUGGUAUUAUAUUUCACGACUAUUGUGAACCAACUUUACAAUUUCGACCAACUUAUAAAUUUGAUUUUGGAACAAAUAUCUAUGAUAGUUCAGAGAAACGAAGAACACCAUCAUGGACAGAUAGAAUAGUGUACAAAGGCGAUAAUCUUCAUCCUCUAGCAUAUUCAUCGGCGCCAUUAACUAUUAGUGAUCAUAGGCCAGUCUAUGCUGCAUAUAGGACCGAUGUUUCGAUUAUCGAUGAAGAGAAAAAACAUGAAUUAUCAAAUAAAUUAUACGAAAAUUUUAAACUAAAAGAAGAUUCAAAUGCAGUUGCAUCAUCCUUGAGUACUGACGAUGAUAACGAGGAUAUUGAAUUAGAAGCAUAUUUAGAACCAAAUCAUACUGACUCUAUAUCCGCUCGGAAAUCACCUUCGAAAAAUAUAGCUCCUCCAGUUCCUUCCACAUCGCAUUCUUCAUCUUCUACUUCAUUAAUUUCUUUGACAAAGAGGGAGCCUCGUAGUAUCCCUAAUGUUCCAAAAAGGGAGAGUAGCUCCACAAGUAUAGCACCUGUACCUCCAAUGUCAAGAAGUAGACAAAGUAAUAGUAGGGACAAUGCAAGUCAACGUGAAGACUCGAAUAGUGACCAAGAAAAGAAUAUAACUAUUGUCCCCAAAUCACAGCCUAACUUAGACAACGGGGAGAGGACCCAAAUUGUAAUAUCCCGUCCACCAUCUGUGAAACCAAGAAAGCAAGGUUUACGGGAGUCACAUGAAGAGGAUAAUACAAGCACUAAUCUUCCAGAAUCAUCAGAAAGAAAAAAGAAAACACCUCCUAUCGUUCCAAACAAGAAGGAAAAACUGGAAAAUAUUCAAAUAGAGGGGUUAACAAAAAAGGUACCUCCUAUUGUACCAAAGAAAAAGGCUGGUCUGGGGAAACUUCAUGGAGGUAGCCCUGAGGCUACUAAACAAUGA